AUGGCGAUCCGUAUCUCCCCCUCUUUUUUCCUGCUGAGCAGCAUCAUCGUGAUCCUCAUCCUGCAAGCUCGCCCUGCCAAUGCCUUUGGUGCCGGAAACAUUGCCUCCAUCUCCAAGAUCGAAGGUCAGAACUGGCGUCAUGGCGACAUCGAAGACACCCUGCUUGGUUUGCUGAUGGCCCGCUCGGCCGGCGGCAAGAAGUUCUCCAAGAUGGACGUCAAGCGCGUGUAUUUUGGGAACUGGCUACGUGACUACUCUCAGGCAAUCGAUGUUGGCACCGUGAAGCACGUUAGCGGCGAGGCUAUCCGCCUCCUUCUCUGGAUUCUCGGGUUCCUUAGCUUUGGAUUUGGCACCCGCGAGUUCGAAGUCACCGAGGAGAGGCUGGGCUGCUACCGUCCGGAAGAGCACAUUGAUAACCCAAAGGAUUAUGCGGACAACUUAGAUGCUCGUCGCUACGAUCCCAGGCUUCGUGGCCCAGUCGACGAGCGCCGUGAGCUGGACAUUGAUCAACGUACAGGCCUCAAGAACUACAUUGCCUCCGAAGACCUUGGCAUUGCGACUUCUUCCGGCCUUAUUCGAGAUCUCUUUGGACGCUCCAUCGAUCUUGGUCGCAGGUAUGCCCGAAGCAAAAACAAGGACGAGCUUUGGGAAGCGCUGCGACUGAUGGGCACUGGUCUGCACUGCUUGGAAGACUACUCUGCGCAUUCCAACUACACGGAGCUGGCUCUCAUUGAGCUGGGCGAGCGUGACGUCUUCCCCCACGUUGGCCGGCGUACUCAGGUCCAAAUCCAGGGAGCUCGUGACGCCGUCUACCCGAUUGUGACUGGAACGUUCGGAGGUGUUGACUUCCUCCACUCCGUGAUGGGCGAAGUGUCGGACAAAGUGACCCAAUCCGAAAUGGAUGAGCUCGAAGGCACCAUGAACUCGACUCAACAGCAACAGAAUGGGAGCAUGCUCAAGGAUUUCCUCGACAAGCUUCCCAGCGGUCUGUUUGGCGGCGACGACGAGAAGAAGAAGGCCGACGAUCUCCAGGCGAAUGCGGCUGCUGCUCAGAUGCAGAACAUGAACAUCUCGCCGAAGCAGCCGGAGGAGUUUACGCGCCAAAUCAGCGAGAUCAUGAAGACGCAGGUCUAUCCGAUCAUGGCGUACCACGAUGAGAUCAUGCACAGCAUCACCGAGACGAUCGAGAAGAUCCCUAUUCUUCCCGACCUUCUCGAGCAAUUCACCGAGCAACUCAACCUCUUCGUCUUCUCCCUACUCGCUCCGUUUGUCCUCCCCAUCAUGAGCCAAAUCAAGAACGAGCUCGCCACCGGUAGCAGUGAAGUCAUCACCUCGUCCCGUGAGGCACAGCACAUCGUCUUCAACAACGACUCUUGCACCGACCCUACCCACUCCAUGCUGUCCAAGGACCACUUCUCCAAUGUCCUCAACGAGCCCGCCGGCAAGACCGCCACCGCCAUCGUCAAAUGGGUCGUCCCCCAGCUCAUGGACUGCUGGGACGACGAGCGCGCCGACGUCGGCCGCACCAUCAAUCGCAUCAUCGGCGGCGUCUUCCACCACCCCGCCCUGCGCGACCACGGGGAGGACGGCGCGCACGAGGGCCGCCAGAUCAUGUUCUGCACCGUGGAGGAGUGGUGGCGCGGCGAGUCCGAGCGGUCGCGCCAGGAUCUGCGCGGGAAGUUGAGCCGCGAGGGGGUCCAGGCCGGCCGCAAUCAUAAGGAGGGCGUGCACGACAAGGGGCACGGCUGUGGGAAACCGCUGGGUCUGCCGACCGCUGGGACGGCGACGAGCUCGGGCGCCAUUGGCGGUAUUCAGAACCUGUUGGGAGGUGGCGGUAGUGGAAGUGGACGCCCUGGAAAGUCUCCGAUGGACCAUGUUGGCAAGGCUGCGGGUGAGGCGGUUGGCGGAGGGGUCCUCGGCAGCAUGCUCGGAGGUCUUGUCGGCGAUGUUGGCGGGAGCCUACUCUCUGGUGCCUUCGACAAGCCGAAGGACGAGCAUAAGAAGUCGAAGAAGAAGGAGCAUCAUGACGAUGGCAGCUACACGACCAAGUACAGCGAGUCGGGGCAUCAUCAGGGUGGACGGUACGACGACAAAAGCCGCCAUGAACAGGCGGAGUAUCGCCACACGGAAUAUCCAAGCGGCGGUCACCGUGAGGAGUACAGCAGCCAUACUCAGACCAGCUACAGUGGAUCUACUCGUUCAUACCAGACCGAAUCUCGGUACGUCUUCCCCCGCAGCUAA